AUGAAGUGUGUCUUACAGGCAAAGCAGUGGGAGCAGAUGGCCUGCGUGGGAGGCUGCAAGCGUGUGCCGUGGCUCCCCAUGCUGGUGGUGUCACUGCUGUGCUCGGCCAAAGCAGAGUACUCCAACUGCGGCGAGAACGAGUACUACAACCAGACCACGGGGCUGUGCCAUGAGUGUCCGCAGUGUGGCCCGGGGGAGGAGCCCUACCUGUCCUGCGGCUAUGGCACCAAAGAUGAGGACUAUGGCUGCGUCCCCUGCCCAGCAGAGAAGUUCUCCAAAGGAGGCUACCAGAUAUGCAGGCGCCACAAGGACUGCGAGGGCUUCUUCCGGGCCACCGUGCUGACGCCGGGGGACAUGGAGAAUGAUGCUGAAUGCGGGCCGUGUCUCCCUGGCUACUACAUGUUGGAAAACAGACCCAGGAACAUCUAUGGCAUGGUCUGCUACUCCUGCCUCUUGGCACCCCCCAACACCAAGGAAUGUGCAGGCGCCAGCCCCGGAGUCUCGGCCAACUUCCCCAGCACCUCCGGCAGCAGCACCCUGUCUCCUUUCCAGCAUGCCCACAAAGAGCUCUCCGGCCAAGGGCACCUGGCCACCGCCCUGAUCAUUGCCAUGUCCACCAUCUUCAUCAUGGCCAUAGCCAUUGUGCUCAUCAUCAUGUUCUACAUCAUGAAGACGAAGCCUUCUGCUCCAGCCUGCUGCACCAGCCACCCAGUGAAGAGCGUGGAAGCCCAAGUGAGCAAGGAAGAGGAGAAGAAAGAGGCCCAAGACAGUGUGGUGAUUUUCUCCGAGAAGGACGAAUUUGAGAAGCUGACGACAGCUCCAGUAAAGACUGCCAAGAGCGAGAACGACGCAUCAUCGGAGAAUGAGCAGCUGCUGAGCCGGAGCCUAGACAGUGACGAGGAGCCAGCCUCUGACAAGCAGGGCUCCCCAGAGCUGUGCCUCUUGUCGCUGGUCCACCUGGCCCGGGAGAAGUCGGCGGCCACCAAGUCGGCCGGGAUUCAAAGUCGAAGGAAAAAGAUAUUGGACGUGUACGCCAAUGUGUGUGGAGUCGUUGAAGGUCUCAGCCCCACAGAGCUGCCAUUUGACUGCCUUGAAAAGACAAGCCGAAUGCUCAGUUCCACGUACAACUCUGAGAAGGCCGUUGUGAAAACAUGGCGCCACCUGGCCGAGAGCUUUGGACUGAAGAGGGAUGAGAUUGGGGGCAUGACAGAUGGCAUGCAGCUCUUUGACCGCAUCAGCACAGCAGGCUACAGCAUUCCAGAGCUGCUCACAAAACUGGUGCAGAUCGAGCGGCUAGAUGCUGUGGAGUCCUUAUGUGCGGACAUACUUGAGUGGGCCGGGCUUGUAGCCCCAGCCUCCCAACCACCCACGACAUCCUGAGGAGCCAGCCUGUGGGAGGCACCAAGGAUCCAAAAAGGGCUCUGGAGUUGUGAGUGCUGCCAACAGACUGCUAAGAAUUGAGGCUUUUUCUGCUGUCACAGGCUUUGCCCUAGGCUGUUUCCAGGAACAAGAGGAAAUGAAGCCCAUCUUCUAAUCUAACCAAAGAUAAAAUAUUAAAGCUGGGGUGUUCCCAGCUCCCCACCUGUACCUCACCGGGCAGGAUGAAUAUUUAUUCAUAAACUCAUUCAAGGGACAUUGCUGGUUGCUCCGAUGAACCAAACAAUGUGGGGAUGACAGAGGAGGAGAAUCUGUCCCUGUCUUUAAGGAGUUUACAACCUAGGGAAAGAUAGAAGAUGUGUUUACAAACCACCUUGCUAGAAGACAUCAAAGAGUCUGGGUGAGGGGAUGCUAAGAAAACAUGAGAUAAGUUCUGAGGGAGGAGAUGGCUCCCCAAGCAUGAUGAAGGAGGGCAGCCUCAUGAGGAAAGCAGCUUGAAAGCCUGGUGACGUGUCUACAAAAGGCAGACACCCACUCCAUGUAGUGUGUCAGGUUCGGUACUUGUCCAUGGCUUCAUUGGGAUAACUUUGCCUGUUCUUGAGGCCAUCUGUAUUCCUACAGCCCUUCCAGUCACUGAUGGAAGAGUUCACUCUGUGGUCUGCCUUCUGUCACUGAUAUACAAGGUGUGUGUUUGUUCAGUCAGGUAGACCUGUGUCCAAUCUGUGGCCAGUUUCUACUGCAUAAGUCCCGGGCCUGGGACCGGGUGGUUUUGUUUUACACAUGAAUUGCUUUCCACUCUCAUCCUAGUCAGGUUUGACCCUUUGUGGGAAGCAAUGCUCAAGAACACAAUCCAUGAUGUGUCAGCCUGUUUUAGCUUCAAACAGAAAGGAGUGGUCUGCUGUAUGUAUAAAGAGAAAUGGUGACUUUCUAAGAGUUCAGCCAAGCACAGUUGUAGAAUCUGAGCAUCCAAGACUUGUGGAUGAGACUUGAGGCAUGAAAGCUUCUGAACCAGUCAAGGAAAGUGGGGCCUCAUAGCACAGGUACGGCCUGGGCUUGGAAUCAGGGACCCGGUUCUAGUUGUGCCAACUUGGACCAUUUUCUUCUCCCUCCCAGGUUUCAGUGUCUCUUCUGCUAAGGAGAGGUUAGCCUGUGGCUCUGCAAUCAGGGGAAGUAAGGUGCAGGUGGGCAUCAGGGAAGUAGGGCUGUAGGAAAUCCCAGCCUUCAAGGUGUACAUCGAAGUGAAUACCAGGAGUCAUCAAGUAAGAUGAGACUAGAAGCAGAAGAACUCAGAGUAACUAUAGUUGUUUGGCAUAUGUUUAGAGAUAAAUAAACUGGCAUUGUUCUUGGAAGAUUCUCUUACCACACGUGCUGUUGCCAAGAGCGUGGGAGCCAGUGUACUGAUCAUACCAGGGGGUUAAUUUAGAGUUCAUGCUGAGCUUCCUAAUGACAUAUCUAUGGGUUAUUACUAAAUUAAAACCAGUCUCUGGCUUACAAAGCGAUGUUUUAAAAAUUACAAGUCGCAUGACUGAGCAAAUGUUUUGGGGGGAGGAAAUCAGUCAUAUGUUCAGAACCAACAAGCAAUUUCCCACCAAUGAAUGUAGAACAUACUGUGAUAGGAUCAUAAUUAGGUCCUGAAUAUUUAAUAUCAUUUGCUGUGUCUGUUUGCUGCUGUUUUCCAGAACCUAUCUGGUAUAUCCUGCAAACUAAAUACUCCAUGGCAAAACUUAAUUAUCCUAUUAAUUCCUCUUUGAAAUUCUACGGCGCCCUUUUCUCAUGCUUUGUGAUGAUGAUGAUGAGAGGCUCCCCCUGAAUCAGGCAGCAAAUGUCACAUGUGAUGAGCGUACCAUUCCAGGGAGACAGCCUGCAGUUUCCCAAGAACAACAUUCUCAGUGAAGAAGCAGGGGGUGCUGUUCCCAGGCCCGGAGCUUGGCCUCAUUUCAUGGGGCCAGAUGUCCAGCCAGCAUCACGCCACGUUUUGGUGACUCUAAACUUGCCAUUUUUAGGGAGCUCGUCCUUACAGAGUUAAACAUUCCUUUAUCAUUCACUUAUCAAAUCCAAGAAAAGUCUAUUUUGAUGGACUUUAGCCUACGUUAUGAAAUUCAAAUCAAUGAGACCACAGUGAUUAUCACUGACCAGAGCCGGGAAUUCCACCUUGCCAUUCUGUAUGGAGACAGGCAUUGUUUUGCUAUCCUUAAAAACAUUUAGGGAACACCCGAGGCUAAGAGCUAUGGGU